AUGACUAAAUCGAAUGAUGAAAAUAUUCGUUUGUUAAUACGAUGUGCAUUGCAAUCAUUCGACGAUCUAUCCAUAAAUUGUCUUUCAUCGUGGACUGUUCUUCAACUCAAAGAAAAACUUGCCGUUGAUUGUCCUUCGAAACCGGAAGCUAAAAGACAGCGUUUGAUCUAUGCUGGACAUUGUUUGCAUGAUGAACAUACCUUAAAGUCAGUGUUUGAACUUCGACCAAUUGAUGAUGGAAAUGUUCACGUGAUACAUCUUGUUUGUCCGCCCAAAGAUUUUAACGCUCACGUGGAUGCAGCAAUGCUGAGAAGGCGUAAUAGCAAUCGUAUACAAACAAGCUUAACUUCUUUGGGAACUGCAGCAGAAGUACGAAAUCAUAAUGUCAAUGGUGCUUUCCCACUUUACACAUAUCCAUUAUGGGCUAAUACAGCCGCUCAAGGACGUUUUGCUGCACCACAGUCAAUGCUGGUUUCCUCAAGUUCUCACUUUCAAAGCGCAUAUCAAGCAUAUAUGAUUUCAUACAACAAUUACGUGCAUCAAAUGAUAUCCGCAUUAGAAAACAAUUCCAAUAGUCAACAAUCAAUGCUACAACCCCCACAGCAAGCUAAUCAACCGGAAGAAGCUCUUGCUGGUGAACCAAAUUUGGCUGCAGCACCUGCUGCAGGUGGUAUAGUUCAAGAAGCAGUAGCUGGUGAUGUGGAUGGUCAGCAACGAGACUUUCUAGAUGUCAUUUACAAGGCAAUCCGGAUGUGCUUUCUGAUAAUGUUAGUAUAUGUGUAUUCAUCUGCGGAACGAUUUUUUGGUGUACUGAUAUUUAUCUUGCUGGUUUGGUUCAUCCAAGCAAGACGUGAUCGUAAUAAUCGUGAAAGGGCGAAUAGAGAACUUGCUGCUGCCAUUGAUAAUGUUCGUCAACCGCAACAGGCCGAUGCCAAUCAAGAUUAUGGUACAGAGGACACAAACGAAGUAUUGGCGACUGGAAUUGAAGAGGAACCACGAGAACCGACUGCGUGGGUCGUUUUCUGGAGCACUUGCUACACGUUCAUCACAUCCUUUUUCUCAUCACUUAUCCCGGACAAUCCACUACCUGUUAAUAUCAAUUAA